GAGGGAGGCGGGAGAGCACAGCGGAUGGCCAAGAGGAAGGUGUGUGUGUGUUUUUGGGUGGAGAUGAAGGUGCUGACACACAUCAGCGCAUGAGGGGACGAGCAGCAGGGUUUCUUAGCUGCUGUUAGUCCUUUUGGAGUGAGGAUGCUGUGGAGUCCCUCUGAAGUGUCCAUCAAGAGUGUUUUCAGAGGUGAUAGCAACAGGCGGCACACUAGGACACUACUAAGUUGCACUUCUGUCGGACAACUUCUUUCCCGCAUUUCCUGAGGAUAAAAUGGAGGAAUUAUAUUUUUCACUUUUUGGUCCCACUUUGCCAAAAGUUCCAUCCACUUUAAUUUACGGUUCUGCGGAGAAAUCGGCGGUGUUGACUGUUGCUACUGUGCUGGCGUGUGACAUCGAGCACAUUGACGGCACCCUGGCAGCACCCCAAAAGUGCAGACUGACACUAAAGGUGGAGCGAUGCAUGAGUGUGAUGCAGUCCGGGACACAGAUGGUAAAGCUGAAGGCGGGAUCCAAAGGGCUGGUGAGACUCUUUUACCUGGAUGAGCAUCGCUCCUGCAUCCGCUGGAAGCCGUCACGCAAGAGCGAGAAGGCCAAGAUCACCAUUGAUUCGCUGUACAAAGUGACAGAAGGCGGUCAGUCCGACAUCUUCCAUCGGCAUCCGGAGGGCAGCUUGGACCCAGCCUGCUGCUUCACAGUCUACCAUGGCAACCACAUGGAGUCCCUCGACCUGGUCACGUCCAAUUCGGAUGAAGCCAGAACCUGGAUAACGGGCCUUCGAUACCUGAUGGCUGGCAUCAGUGAUGAGGACUCUUUGGCAAAAAGGCAGCGCACCCACGACCAGUGGAUGAAGCAGACGUUUGAGGAGGCCGAUAAGAACGGAGACGGACUCCUGAACAUCGAUGAGAUCUACCAGCUCCUCCACAAGCUCAACGUUAAUCUUCCACGGAGGAAGGUCAAGCAAAUGUUCCAGGAAGCAGACACGGACGAUCAGCAGGGAACGCUAACGUACGAGGAGUUCUCCGUCUUCUACAAGAUGAUGUCCAUGCGUCGGGACCUCUUCCUCCUUAUGAUGGCCUACAGCGACAGGAAGGACCACCUGACACCCGACGAGCUGGCCAACCUGUUGCGCAGUGAGCAGAAGAUGGUCAACGUUACACCGGAAUACGUCGCAGAAAUCAUCGACAAGUUUGAGGUGGCGGAUGAGAACAAAGAAAGAGGUGUCAUGGGAAUCGAGGGUUUUACAAGUUUCAUGCGGAGUCCGACGUGUGACAUUUUCAACCCUUUGCACAAUGAGGUCAAUCAGGACAUGGAACAACCUCUGUGUAACUACUUCAUCGCCUCCUCUCAUAACACGUACCUGACCGGUGACCAGCUCCUGUCACACUCCAAGACUGACAUGUAUGCCUGGGUGCUGCAGUCCGGCUGCCGCUGCGUGGAAGUGGACUGUUGGGACGGUCCUGAAGGAGAGCCCAUGGUGCAGCAUGGCUACACUUUGACCUCCAAGAUCGCCUUCAAGUCUGUCAUAGAGACCAUCAACAAAUACGCCUUCAUCAAUAACCAGUACCCUGUCAUUCUGUCCAUAGAGAAUCACUGCAGCAUCCAGCAGCAGAAGAAGAUAGCUCAGUAUCUCAGAGAAGUCUUUGGAGACAAGCUGGACGUUGCGGAUGUGCUCAGCAGAGAGUCCACUACGUUACCCAGCCCUCAGAGCCUGCUGGGAAAGAUUCUAAUUAAAGGCAAGCGUCUCCCUGCAUAUCUGUCUGCGGAUGCUGAGGAAGGCGAGGUCUCCGAUGAUGACAGCGCCGAUGAAAUUGAGGACGACUUCAAGCUCAAGAGCAGUAAUGGAAACGGUCAUCACCAAGUGGAGUCUCACAUCAGGAAGAAACUGGACUCUCUCCUGAAGGAGUCUCGCAUCGGGGACAAGGAAGACACUGACAGCUUUAGCAUCAGAGCCCUGCUGAGGGCCACGCACCAGGGCCUCCAGAAGAACCUCCGCCAGAGCUCCAGAGGGGUUCUGAAGAAAUCCCAAAGCAGGUCCUUCAUUACCACGCUCAAACAGAAGAGGCACUCCAAAUCCCGGCUUACGUGCCAAAGCGUGGAAAAGGAGGAGGAUGACCAGGAGACAUCCGGGAGGGACGCUGGAGGACAGUUUAACAGGGGAGGAAGGAAGAGGAAGACGAUGAAGCUGAGCCGGGAUCUGUCAAACCUGGUGGUGUUCACCAACUCUGUUGCCUCACAGGAGUGCCUGAAUGAAGGUACGCCUGGUGAUGUUCUGUCAUUCAGCGAGACCAGAGCCCAGUCUCUGGUUAAUCACAGAGCGGAACAGUUCCUGGCUUUCAAUCAGAGGCAGCUGUCACGAAUUUAUCCCUCGGCAUACCGCAUCGACUCGUCCAAUUUCAACCCCCAGUUCUACUGGAACGUUGGCUGUCAGCUGGUGGCCCUCAACUACCAGACAGAGGGCAGAAUGAUGCAGCUUAACAGGUCAAAGUUCAUGGUGAAUGGAGGUAUUGGCUACGUCCUCAAGCCCCCACCCAUGUGCAAAGGGACUUUCAACCCAUUUAGUGAUGACCCACUUCCAGCUUACCCCAAGAAACAGCUUGUUCUUAAGGUCAUUAGUGGACAGCAGCUGCCCAAACCUCCGGAUUCCAUGCUGGGGGACCGUGGAGAGAUUAUUGAUCCAUUUGUGGAAGUGGAGAUCAUUGGUCUGCCUGUUGACUGCUGCAAGGAGCAGACAAGAGUGGUUGAUGACAACGGUUUCAACCCCGUGUGGGAGGAGACGCUGUCCUUUACGCUCCACAUGGCUGAGGUGGCUUUGGUGCGUUUCCUCGUUUGGGACCAUGACCCCAUCGGGCGAGACUUUAUUGGCCAACGGACUGUCGCCUUCAGCAGCCUCAUGCCCGGAUACAGACAUGUCUACCUAGAGGGUCUUACUGAGGCGUCCAUCUUUGUGCACGUGGCCGUGCAUGACGUAUAUGGCAAAUGGAGUCCUCUAGUGCUGAAUCCCAGCUUUACCAUAAUGCACUUUCUAGGAUCUAACAAGGGAAAUCAGCUGCGAGGUAUCCGGGGUUUGUUCAACCGCUCUUCCAAGUCCUCUGUGGACACCACCGCCACAGGUCUUCGCAAGCGUUCCAUUAGUGAUCACCUCCUCCGACGCACGGCCAGUGCCCCGGCGAAGGGUCGGAAGAAGACGAAAAUGACGCUGUCCGAGUCUGUGGCCUCAAUGUCGGACCACAAGAACGCCGCCGGCCUAGAGGCCGUGGAGGAGGGCGUGUCAGGGAAGGAGCUAGUGGUGGAAAAACAGCCCCAAACCCGGGCCCCCCUCACCCACAGACCCCUCUCCAUGCCUUUAGACAGGCUUCUGCAAGGACAGCUCACCCUUUGCUCUGGAGAGAAGGAACAGCGAGACAUGGGGGCAGAUGCAAUCAUUGGAACUUACCACUUCGACAGACCUAGGUCUUCCUCUGUGGAUCUUCUCACAAAGUCAUCAGCCUCUAACGGGGAAAAGAUCCAAUCCCCUUCUAAGACAUACAACAAUUGGAAAAAGGAUCUCAACAAGCCACAGGAGGCCUCUUACCUGGUUAUCGGUGAAGGUAGCAUAAGAAAUGAGGAGGACUAUGUGAACUACCAGGCAGGUAACAAUCGAGUCAACCAAUUUAAGAGCCAAUCUGUAGGGACCACCAAUAACCAGAGUAGAUCAGAUAAACCAGAAAUAUCUUCAACCAGCACCACGUUCACAGUUGCACCUUCAGUGUCCUCGUCCUCCUCCUCUGCUCCUUCCUCCACGGCUCCACCUCUUUCCCCGAUCAGCAUGGACCGCAAUGUGAAGAGUCCUACCUCUUUGCACGACAGUACCAUCUCCAGACUCAUUGAUGCCAUGUCCUUAGGCAACGACCAAGACUCACAAGGCUCUAUAUCUGCUCUCAUUGGUCAGUUUGAAUGCACUGACCAAAACAGCUCCUCUCAUGAUCAUAUCCUUGCUCAUCAAUCCACACUUUUGCCUUCUUCACCUCGUGAGCCACAAGAUUUCAGGUCCCCAGCCAAGAAAGCCUCCCCUUCAGAAACAAACCACGUCACCAUUUCACCUUGUGAGAUAUCCAAAGGAAACACAGGCCUCUUCUCCAGUCCAGAAACUGCUGACCUUGAGGAGGUCUACACCAUCCUGGACGAAGAGAUGCUUUCGCCUGUGUCAGUGUACAACCUGAAGAAUCAGACAGUUCACGUUCAGGCAGAUAAGAUGGCUUCCUCUCCCGUAAAGGUGUUUCACGGUUUAGGGAGUGGACACAGUAGCAUCCGUUGGGAUGAUAGUCCCACAAAGGGAAGAAGAAAUGAAGAUCCCAAGGAGUCUGAGGAGAGUAUCUAUGAGGAAGUGUUUGACCCACCCAUUCCUAUAAGUAAGCAACAGCGAAAUAGUACUCAAAGAUGUAAUUUUUCAUCCAGAAACAACUCCACCACAGAGAUGGAAAUAAAUGUUGAUGAUGAUCCAACACCAAGACAUACAUGGGAGACACUCACAAGUCCUACGAAACAGAAUGCUAUUUACCAAAACGAGUCCACUCCGGAAUACACCCAACAGAAACAUCAUCUUCCAUAUCGUGAGCCUCUUCAGGAGUACCCAAUGUUUUCAAAAUGUUCCUCCCCACAGAGUUCCCAUCAGCUAAUAAAUCACCAGUCCAGCAUCCAGUCUUCGCUAAUCCACAGGCCUAUAGACUCUAAACCCCGCAGAUCAAGACCAAUAAGUCACAAUGGCUACCCGAGUCCUCAAAACACUCCAAUGGCUUUUCAGUAUAACAGAUCUUUCACACCACAAAGAGGCCACAAUGGGAAUCUUCCUCCAGGAAGACAGGGGUAUAGAGCCAUGGCGCAUGAAAGGAGCUUCCACAAUGGGUUGUCCUCUGAAAGUGUUCCUAUUCACUCUGUGCUAAGUACGUCGACAGCAAGAGGCCUUUCCCCUUCUUCAGAUAGUGAAAUGUUGUACAGCCAUGUGGACUAUGGUGACAUUGCAUCCUCGCCAGUGUGGGCAGCCCCUUCAAACUCAAAAGCUUGCUGCCAAACCCAGUCAUCCAUUCCCGGGAAUUCAUGGAACCAAAAGGUUUCUGGGCUCCAAGUGCAGUCUGACACCAGAGUUCCAAAGAUUUCAACUCAACGAUCUUUAUCGACUGUUGCCCAGUCGAGUAACGCUGAUUCCGCAGUCAACACUCCAUGCAAGUCCAAGUCCUUGGGAGACCUGACCUCUGAGGACAUUUCAUGUAACUUCCAGAGCAAAUACCACAUCAUUAGUCGCAGUUUUAUCACUCCUCACAUGAGGAAACAAAAGAAGAUGGGAACCACAGUGGGAGGAGGAACUUUCCAGUCGCAAUCUUGUGACCCCCUGACUGAACAGUUGCGUAAACUGGUCAGUCUGGACGGAGAGGAUACAGAAAAAGAAAUGUCCCAUCAGGAGGUUAAAUUCCCACUGACAAUGAGCAUAGAUUCCUCUACUUCCCAGGAUAUUGACGACUCCCCUCCACUUCUAACUCGUCGUCUGUCCUCUCGUAGCCAGAGCCGAGUGCGACACAUCAACAGCCGUGCCCGAGAAAGACAGCAAGAAGCCCAGAAACCACGAUCUGGCAUCACGGUUAACAGCACCACCAGCAUGGGUGGGGUUGUUUUGAGGAAUAAACCGGCCUUACAAAACCCUGCUGUUAACAGACACUCUACUGGCUCUUACAUCGCAGGGUACUUAGACCAACUAGAGGACAGGGGACUUCCUGAGGGACGUUGUACAUCUUUAUGCUACGCAAACGGCGAUCUACGCGAUGAUUCUUUUCCCCCUUCAGAUGUCUCAUGCUUUUCGUCAGAGCCAGAAGUCUACUUUCUGCUUAGACUUUAGCUUGAUAAUAAGCUAAAUCUUGGGACUCCUGGGAGGUUUCAAAGGAAUACAAACUUUUCUCCAUAUCAAAAUUACCCCAUUCAUAUUUCUAAUGAUAUAUGCAGUGUCUCCCAAACAUUAGUACACACCACAUAGUUCGACAAUAUCUUCUCAAGUGACAUACUAUAGAAAAUUGGAUAUAACUUAUAGUAGUCGUCAGUAUAGAUUUGCUGUCCUCUGAAAAUAAUUCAACACACUGAAUAACUGGCGACACAAGUGAGUCCACUUCACAGUGAACAUGAACCAAAUUGUGUCCAAAGUGUGAACGUUUAAUGUGAGCACCGAGCACUGCCUUAAUCCUCUUUGACAUUCACCAUAGAUUCACAGGUUGCUACUGGAAUCUUCUUCCACUCCUCCAUGUUGACAUCACUGGUGGAGCUGGUGGAUGUCAAUGAACCGCAGUUUCCCAGUGCUGGCAGCACUCAUGCAGUUCCAGACAAUGACUACCGCCACGAUACUUGACAGUAGAUGAGACAUAAUUAUCUUAUUACUCACUUGUGGUACCAGAUAUUUACACAAUAAUGACAAUAAUGUGUGUUGAGUCAUUUUCAGUGGACGGUAAAUCUAUACUGCUGUACAAGCUGUACACCAGGACACCUCAAUAGGCGGUGCCACUUAUUUGUGGCCCCCGAACUGUUCUUCCUUCACUAUACAUUUUGUUUGGAUCAGUACAUGUAUACCGGAACUUGGCAUGCUUAAUAUGCCAGGAGAUGGUAGCUGUGAUGGAGAUCUCCACUUUCAAACGGCAUUACAACGCAUAGGAUUUUUAAGAGACAUUUCCUCAGCAUUCAGAGGUAAGAACAACAACACUAAAUGCACUGAAAUCAUAAUAUGAAGCUGAAGGGUCCUAUGAUUUCUGAGUUAAGGGAAUCGCGGAAUUGCCUUAUAAAAACGGAAUCUACUGUUAAACACAGAGUCUCGCGGAAUUUGACAUUGUGAGGAGAAGGAACAUUUGUGUGGGGAAAAUAUUUCCCCAGCGGACCACUCAUUCAUCAUUCAUGGCUCCCUCCUUAACUAAGCAACACGUUGAAGUGGCCACCUGUGCCCACAACAAGCUAAAACUCAACUCUGAAGCGCUGACAUCACUUCCUGUCCACCAUUGAUUCUGCUCCCUGUCUUAUUUUCUCUGAUUAUAUCUACUAUAUUGGGUAAUACGAACGUAAAGGUGAUGAUGUGGGUGUUAUUUCAAGUCUACAUGGCUCUAAUAAUGGUAAAAAAAAAAUUGAAGAUCGCAAACAGGUUUUCUAUGCCAUAACUAUGAAAAUAUUCCAUGUAUAAAGCAAUGCUACUUUGCAGAAAUUAAGUUUUCAUGAUAAACGAGAGAUUACUGUGUAGGGGUGCUAGUUUGUGUCUCUAGAGGGCUCUAAUAGUGUUUUAAAAAAACUGUACUUAAACAGGUUGUCUGUGCUGUAACUAUGAAAAUAUUCUAUACUUCUUGGAAAUUCACUUAUCACGGUCGGGUAUGCAAGCAAUUAGCCGCGAUAAAUGAGGGAUGACUGUUAUUUGAGAACUGGCAAAGGGCACAUUUACCAUAUAAUAAUUUUUUAAGCCUUUUUGCAAACAACCCCAUCCAACCCCCUACCCUACCCGGAAUCCAGCAGGCCAUGUAAUUGAGGACCCCUGCUCUGUACACUGACUACUCUAAAGUAUAUCUAAGUUUCAUUUCUGUAGUAUUGUCCCUUGAGAAGAUACACCGUAAUAAAGUAGUUGCUGAAAUGUAAGGGGUGUGCUCACUUCAGUGAGAUACUGCAUAUACAGCAUCGUUCAGUCCGGCAGCAUGAUUUUCAUGUACGAAGUGUCUACAGUUUAAUAGUUAAAAGUUAUUCUCGUCUGGCAGUGCAUUGUUGAUAUUCUGCUUCAUGUUUAAAUGUACUUGGGAAGGUGGAUUGUCUCCAAAAGGUGCGUGUUAUUUUUGUCCCUGUGGCGUCCUGUCCAAACUGACUAUGAAGCAAAAAAAAACCCCCAAAAAAACAAGAAUGGGUUUUUAAGCAGAAUGUGUUUCUUUGUAUCAGUCGAAUGUGUUGUUAAAAACAAAAGGUCAUCGUCAUGAAAGUCUUCCUUCUCUUUCAAGAAGUGUAAAUAGUUCUGCCGUUGUCUUGGAUCCAGUUCUGACUGUACCUGAAGUGUAUGUUUGUGCAUGUUACCUGUGAACAUGUCAAGCAUGACUAUGCACCUGUUUCUACUACAAAAGAUGUUGCACCAACCCAACACGUUUUGCACAGAAUCAGCACUGUUGCUUUGGGGAGGAUGAAGGCUCAUGUCGGGUGCAAUUAAACAUAUAAACUUCUGUGUUUGGACUUGUUGCUCUUUAUGAUUUAGAAAUGUUGAAUAACGAAAAUAACAUUGAAAGAUUUGGAACGUAAAGCCUCUUAUUUUUUUAAUUGCUUUGAUACAGAAUACAAACUAUCUCUUGUUGGUUCUGGUGAUUUUAUUUUAUAUAACUCAAAUGGAAUGCAAAUAUAAAAAAAAAAAAAGAGUAAGGUCGAGGGAUGGGGUGUAGCAAAGCUGUAAUUUUUAUUUUGGAUUGUUUCAGUGUUAGAACAUCUUUUUUCUUUGUAUUGUUGCUCAUCAGAGGACUGUGAGCAUUUUCCUACCAAUGCAAUAAAAUGAUUGAAAUAUUUGA